GAACUGCUCUUCAAGUGGCUGAAGAAUGCAAUAAGACAGAUGCUGCAGAUGCAAUCAAGACCUUCACUGUGAGUUCCCCAACGGCAUCUUCAGCAUCAGUUGUACCUAACAGCAGUCGUACAAGCUCAACAGCAACAGCAUCAAAUGUUCAUCUCUCUACACCAGUGACACAAACAAUGAGGACCACUACACCUACACGACAACCUCCAAGAGAAGUGGCUGGAAAAGGAGAUGAACAGUUAGUAGAGCAGCUGAUACAACAAAUAGAACAACUGAGAAAUGAAGUUUCAGCAAAAGAUAGAGAAAUUGCUGAAAUGAGAAAACAAAAUGCAGACCUACAGACGGCAUUGAGAGAGGAGAGACUGCAGAGAGAAACUGCACUUGGUGAAGAGAGAAGAGAGAAGGAAGAGUUACAACAACGAUUACAUGAACAAGGUCAGCAAAUUGUUGAACUGAGAAACCGCAAUGUAGCUCUACAACGGGCAUUGACGGACAAGCAAGUACAGAGAGAGCAUGCAGCUGAUAGAGAGAGGAGAGACAAACAAGAGCAGCAACAACGAUUAGAACGAGAGAAGAACAAUCUUCAGCAGCAACUAAAUCAAGUGCAAAGAGAAAAUGCCAACUUUGUUGAGCUGCUUGCAGGUGCUGAUGCAGCAAUGGUACGAUACAAGCAAGAAAAUGAAGUUUCCAAUAUUCCUUCUCAUGACAUUCAAUUGACUGGCACAGAACUAGGACGUGGAGCAUAUGGAGUUGUUUGUAUUGGAUAUUGGCGUGACUGUCCUGUUGCUGUCAAACUGUUGUAUGAUCAUUUGGCUGCUGUUCAACGCAACAUUCAUCUUGUUCAACAAGAAGCAUCUGUAGCAUGGAAGAUACAUCAUCCAAACAUUGCUGCUGUUUGUGGUGUCACUCUGGAGUUAGAAGAGAAGAAGGCAUGGAUUAUCAUGGAAUUACAUAGCGGCUCCAUGUCUGGUGUGAUUGAUGCAUGUCAAGGAGAUGUUGCACGUCUUACUUUACUAGAAAAAGUUGACAUGACACAUGAUUCUUUGUGUGGAUUGGAUUACAUUCACUCGAGGCAACCUAAGGAAAUUCUGCACGGUGACAUCUGUCCAAGGAACAUCCUGAUUACAGCAACGAUGAGAGCCAAACUAGGUGAUCUAGGAGCUGCUCGUUUUCAAGAUGCUUCACUUUCAGUUGGUCUGCUCAGUCCACAAUACACACCUCCUGAGAGAUUUGAUGUUCCUACUUCACCAAAAAGCUACAAAACCGACGUGUACAGUAUGGGAGUGACCAUAUGUGAGCUCUUCACUGCUGUUCCUCCAGAUCGUGAACAAAGGAUGGAUCAAGUCUUACUCAUCCGUCAGCUAAAUGUUCGUUCCUUAUGUAAGCACUUGAUGAGAGAUGAUCCUGCCACACGACCAACAGCAACAGAAGCCCGUCAUAUUAUUAGUCGUAUUCGUGAUACAGACGAGUAUAAAGCAUGUCCUCCUAAACGAAUGGUAAAGGGCAAGAUGGAUGGAAUGGCUGAUGUCACUCUCGUUUAGUCCAUUUGGUGAAGUUGACAUUUGAUUGAAGCAUGUGUUUGUUACUUGACACCAUUUAUAUGUUGUUACAAGGUAUUCACUUAGCAAUAGCAAUAUCUUUAGCUUUGAAGGAUCACAUUGUAUUUUGUUAUCUCAUUGCUGAGACAUUAAAGAACUAGCGUGUUUUACUGUUUGAACUUUGACAUUGUUAUUCAGUAUUUGUAGGUUUGAUGUGUAUGACCUAGUCACGUGACAUUAUAAUAUGUUUUGAUUAU